AUGUCGAGUCUUCAAGGAAAAGUGAUCGCUAUCACUGGAGCAGCUUCUGGAAUGGGCCUAACGAUUGCAAAGCUGCUUUCGAGCAAUGGCGCAAUAUUGUCUCUAGCGGAUAUGAACGAAGAUGGUCUGUUGACAGCCAUCGAGUGUCUUAAAGGAGAGGUGGAAGAAGCCCAAAAGAACCAGCAACGGCAUAUCUAUACUCGCGUGGAUGUUCGAGACAGUACAUCUGUGAAUAGCUGGAUCAGCCACACCGUUGAACAAUUAGGUCGGCUUGAUGGUGCUGUCAAUUUCGCUGGGGUCGCAAGAAUAGCAAACGUAAUUGAUGAGACUGACGAAAGCUGGGCUUUCCAAAUGGAUGUGAAUGCUAAGGGCGUCUUCUUCUGCAUUAGAGCCCAAUUGAAGCACAUGAGGAAGGGAGGAAGUAUUGUCUCUGCGGCAAGUGUGAAUGGCCAACUGGGAUGGGAGGCUUUAGGAUCAUACUGUGCCAGUAAGCAUGCUGUGAUAGGCGUGAGCAGGAGCGCAGCAAAGGAGAAUCCCGACAUUCGAAUCAAUUGUGUCGCCCCAGGUGUGGUCAACACUCCUAUGAUGGAUGGAGUCCCUUUAGAGGAAUCGACGGAGAUAGCUCGCCAGGUGCAGAAGCGUGCGUGCAAUCCCAUGGAAGUCGCGAACGUCGUGGCGUUUCUUCUGAGUGAUGAGGCCAGCUUCGUCACAGGUGCAGUUUGGAAUGUAGAUGGAGGUUAUAACUGUUGA